AAUCAGUCGGUGAUUGAGUAGGACAUUCGUGAGUUGUGAAAGUUCAAUUUAUUUAAAACUUCUAAAUCAGCAAAAGAAAAAAAGUAUAACUUACCACCAGAGGUACUGCUCUGUGAUUUAGGUGAUAGCGGCCAACGAAUCACAUCUAGCGCAUUUCUGUCCGCAAUCAGAAUCAUAAAAUACUUGUACUGCAAUCAAAUUGACGUCAGUUUACAGUUUCUUAUCAAGAAGUGAGGAAUACUCUCGAUUUGUGUGAACGUGAGAAGAUGGCAGACUUGGUAAACAAAGUAAUUGUCGUGACAGGAGCUGGCCAAGGAAUCGGAAGAGCUCUAUGUCAACAUUUGUCAGCAUUAGGUGCCAAAGUUAUUGCGCUUUCAAAGUCGGCGGAUAAGUUAGAAGAACUUAAAAACAGUUGCUCAGCCAUAAAAACUAUAUCAAUAGACCUUACAAAUUGGCAAAGUGCACGAGAAACUCUUUCGCAACUUCCGCAAAUAGAUGGGUUGGUGAACAACGCAGGCGUGGCUAUUAUCAAGCCCUUCGAUGAAUUAACCGAGCAGGAUUUUGAUGAAACUUUUGAUAUUAAUAUCAAGGCAGUUUUCAACGUAACACAAACUCUUUUACCAAAGCUCAAUAAAGGCUCAAGCAUUGUAAUGGUGUCAUCGUUAGCUGCUUCUCGGUCAUUUGCUGGUCAUACAAUAUACAGUGCAUCCAAGGCUGCUGUAGACUCCCUUACACGUUCACUAGCAUUGGAACUGGGAGCCAAACAAAUUCGAGUUAACUCUGUUAAUCCAACCGUUGUGCUGACAAAAAUGGGUCGUGACAACUGGAGCGACCCCGAUAAAUCGGGUCCUUUGCUGGCGCACAUCCCACUACACCGGUUUUGCGAGGUACAAGAAGUAGUUGACGGGAUAACUUAUUUAUUAAGUGGCAAGUCAAGUUUCGUGAAUGGCCAUCAUUUGAAUUUGGAAGGAGGUUAUUCGGUGUCAUAAAAAAUAUUGCUACUAAUGUUUUUGAAAACUCUUUUAACAAAUAAAGGUUUGCAUUUAAAAUUAAAACAAAAAAAAA